AUGAGCUUCUAUCGAACGACUGGUAAGUCUGGUGCGACUGCAACAUCUAACAGCUUGAAUGAAGUCAUUGCAGGCAAGACGAUCUCGGAUUCAGAAUCAACAGCAGGUAUAGGUACGUUCGCGAAUUCUCAGAUUAGUGGAAGCUUAGAUGAGGAACCAGCGACUAAAGAACAGUUGAAUUAUUCCAGACUUUCAUUAAUCGGCAAAGGAGAGGCCUACUCUCUGAAAGCCAUUCGGAUUACCUCCCACGUUCUUGUUCGAUGUAUUCACUCUGUAUGGUUCACUGUAGAGUGGAAUGACGGUGGGGAGUCAUGGGAAGCCGAAUUUGCGCUACAGCUCUAUCAGCCAGAGAUGGUCUAUGCUUACUGGGAUGCAAAGAAAGGGGGACGCGAAGGGGCAACCCAAUUCGAUUUGUACCACAUCUUUGCGAUCCUUGACCACGGCAGCAUGAACGAUCGUAGCAGGAGACGGGCUAAAAAGCUUGUUUAUAAGAUUCAGUGGGUUGGCUACAAUGAGAAAGAUCACAGCUGGGAGCCAGCGGCGAAGAUUGCUGGUCUUGUUCCGAAGAUGAAGGAAGAGUAUGAUGAGAUGCAUGGGUUGUGA